AUGCCAGAAUCUCGAAACAAUUGUCGUUAUUUAAUUCGAGAAAAAUUUUUUACAAUUGGUAAUAGUUUUAAAAUCAAAGAUGAACUCGGACAUAAUAAAUAUAUUAUACGAUCAAAAAUGUGGACAUUCGGUAGAAAACUUAUACUUGAAGAUAUAAAUGGCAAUGCUCUUUUAAAAAUUCAUCAAAAAGCUUUUCGUUUCCUUGAUCAAUUUAAUAUUUUAUCAGCUCGUGAUGGUGAAUUAAAUCAACAAGUUGCAUCUAUUAGACAAAAAUUUACUUUUUUUAAAAAUAGUUAUAAAAUUUAUUCAAAAUAUGGCGAAUAUAAAUUUAAAGGACUUGAUGUAUAUGAUCAAGCAUUCGUAUUGAAAAACAAAGAUGAUAAAACAAUUGCUAUUGUUAAUAAAAAAUAUUUGGCAAUUCCUCAUACAUAUGAUGUUGAAGUAAUUAAUUCAAUUAAUGAUCAAAUAAGAGAAGAUCAUGCUUUUAUUUUAGCAUUAAUUAUUGCCUUACAUUGUUUGUAUUAUUGUUAA